AUGGGAUUAGAGUUCUUGUUUGAAGCGGAAGGCCAAAAAUUAAAACAGGAAGCAAAUAAGAGCAAGGAAUAUCGCGGAGCCAUGGAUAACUUUGAUGGCGAUCGUCCCCUUUCCGGCAACUUCGGUCUGGGUUUUGCUGGGGAUAUCGCCAUGGAUUGGAGUUUCUCGGAUGACAUUGUGGAUCCUGCCCUUAAUGGUGAUUUCGAAAAUGCUUGGCUUUUUUCUAGCGAAGUUCUUUCGGGAGGGUUGUCAGACCCAAUACGGUCUGAUGAGCCCUGGUAUCCAGGCAGCGCGGGAAGACAUGUCUUAUCAAGCUUUUUUCUAGAGUCUACUAGUGAUAGUGGACCUAGCACAUCGACUUCGCAAUUGAAUGAUCAGGGUUUGUCCACGAGCCUCUCACGAUACCCACCGAUAAGCGAGGGGGAUAUAGCCGAUGACAAUUAUCUCGAUUACCAGGAAGCACCAUCAAUAUUCGCCAACCCCUAUCCAUUCGAUCGUGGCUACGGUGUAGAUGGCGUCUUAGAUUCAGACCUGUUCGAUCAAGAUGCAGAAAUUGACAUAAAUUUCUGGGACCAAGCACAGUCUGCGAGUACCGCGACAUUUGGUCCCAACACGCAACCACCUCCAAGCGGUGGACCAGUCAAUUUCGGAGUCCUCGAAUCUCAAUCGUUCCGAGCAGAUGCGGUGCUGCCUCCUAGUCAAACCGACGCAUCAGCGCCAGACGAGAGGCCGCUUACAAGCUCGACUCGCCGAGCUCCUGGUCGCCCAGCUGGGCGACCUAGUGCAACAACCAUCCAACCAGGAUCUCGACCAGGCAGGCGACCUUACAGGGGGAAUCGACAGCGCGUUCCGCUAGAGAGGGUGCGCAGGCGGAUCAAAUGCAAUAUCGAUGGCUGCGAAUACGAGUACGCAACACCAGGUACCGUUUACCGCCAUCGGCAAAACACACACUGGUCAACAUCGGAGUUUUGUGCUCGCUGUUUGUAUCCUGGAUGUCCUACAGAGCUAUGGGCCGGGACAGAGCCGAAGGCAUGGGAUAACCUCAAAACCCACCAAAAUCACAAGCAUGCGACUUGGAUCCCUGGGAAAACUAGACGGGAAAGAUGUGAGAUGACUGAACAUUCAAGAGCCGAAAAUUGA